UCGUCGUCAUCCACAUCAUCUACUCUCCCAAUAUCACACGUCCGUCGUCAUGAAGACGUGCCUACACCAAGCGCUCCACCAAGUAAACGAAGUAAUAUCCAACCACAAGAGAGUUACGAGCCUAAAACCUGGUUACAACAACAGAUGGAACAAGAGCAACAGAGAAAGUUAGCCGAGGAGAAGAAAAAACAGAGUACCUCAACAACGGGGGACGACGAAGAGGACAUGUUACAGGAUGUUCUUUCCCAACCGCGUGGUCCUCACAAACGAAGAUUCAAUUUUGUGAUGGUCAGCAAUAUCACAUUUGCCAUUCCGGAAGGUUAUGAUGUCGAUAGUAUUGAAUAUUUGGGUGGAGGCUCUUUUGGAAAUGUUAUAAAAACAAGCGCUGUUUGCCGAGACGGUCAUCGUCGUUGGGUGACAAUCAAGAAGAUGCGAGAACCCUUUUUUGAUCCACAUCAUGCUCGACGCAUUUUCCGAGAGAUCAAAUUGCUUCAAUUAAUGAGACACGACAAUAUCAUCUGCGCACUUGACAUUUACACUCCUGACGAGGAAAACGAUUUUCGUGAUGUAUAUGUAGUCACUGAAUUUGCUGGGCGAAGUCUCUAUCGUAUCCUUAAACAACAAAGGGAUUAUGGAAGACGGGUGUUGACCGAAGAGCAUGUGAAAUUUAUAAUUUAUCAAAUCAUAAGAGCACUCAAGUACAUUCAUUCAGCAAAUAUCAUCCAUCGAGACCUCAAGCCCGGUAAUCUGGCUCUCACAGACGAUUCUGAUCUGAUGAUUCUUGAUUUUGGUCUUGCAAGAUCUCUAGAAAAAAAGGACACAUCUCUAACUCAAUAUGUGCAAACAAGAUGGUACCGUAGUCCCGAAGUCAUUUACUGGAAAAUCGACAGCUACACAAAUCUAGCAGACAUGUGGUCAGUUGGAUGUAUUGCUGCUGAACUUCUUACCGGAGAUCCUUUAUUUCCUGGAGAUGAUGUGAAUGCUCAAUAUCAAAGAAUCACUCAAUUGUGCGGAAGUCCCGAUGAGGAACUUUUAGCAAAAAUUGAAAAUGACAACUCGUCAGCAAUGAAAGCUGUCAUCCAAUCUUAUAAAGUUUACAAACGAAGGAACUUCCGAGAAGUCUUCGCUGCCUACAGUCCGUCUGCAGACUUUAUUGACCUAAUUGAGAAACUUCUUGUUCUGGAUCCAGAGAAGAGAAUCACUGUGGAAGAGGCUAUUCAGCAUCCAUAUCUCGCCGAGUUCUCCCUUCCAGCAGAUGAGCCAAGAGCAGAUCAUAUCUUCGAUUUGGAUGACACUCAAGCUAGAACACGCUUCCAAUGGAGAGACGCUGUGUGGACCGAGAUAAUGAACUAUCAGCGAAUCAUGCAGUCGCCUAUUAUCCCUGGAGAAACGGAUCGUUGA